UCUCAAAUUAUGCAGAGAGAUUAAAUAACCUAAGAAAAAUAAAAGGAAUGCCUAAUAUUUUUGCAUCAAAUAUAAAUGAUCUUGUUGGAAUGUAUUCACAACCAAUCGAAAAAGUUUUUGUUAAAGAUCAUGCAUCCAACUUUUUAGAAGCAUUUGAAGGAAACUUAGAAGAAAACCUAUUAGGAUCCAAGGAAAUUCUUUCAAAAUUUAAACAUACGUUUAUAAUUAGAAAUCCAGAAAAAUCUGUAAAGUCAUUUUAUGAAGCUGCAAAUUCUACAUGUAAAGCUUGGGAUGAAGCCUACGUACCUAACUCUGAAAGAUAUGACAUUUUUUUUUCUAAAAAAGUUUGGCUCAAAGAUUUAAGGAUUCUUCAUGACUUAAUUAAGAACGUAACUGGAGAGAAGGUAGUAUUAGUAGACGCUGGUGAUUUAGUUCGAGAACCAGAGAAAAUUUUGAGAAAAUAUU